AUGAAGCUACGUGAGAAAGAUAAAGAAUUUCUUGAUUACCAAGCAUUGCAAAGGGAAAUCAUGAAAGAACUUGAGACCCAGGUUCAAGCCAAGGAACAGAGAAUUAAACAAGUGGAAGAGAACAUACAAGAGAUGAAAGUCCAGCAGAGCAAAAUACAGGCUCAAGCUGAACAAAAAAUGGAACAGAUGAAAAAUGAAGUCAAAGAAUCAAAGGAACUGUUACUGGAAAAAGAUGAGCUUAUAACGGCUCUUGGAAAGUUAUUGGAAAAAUUAAAAACUACUCAAGUUGACCAGAAAUCUGAACAAAGGGAAAAUGAAUUUCAGGAAAUGAAGGAACUGUUAUGUAAAAAAGAUGAAAUAAUAAAAGGACUUCGAAAAUCAUUAGAAGAAACCAGAAAGGUAAGAUGA